CGUCGCAACAACGGUACUCUGGAGUGCCGAGGACCUCACACCCACAACGCAGCGCGUAUAAGACAGGAACCCCGCUCCUCAUAGCUGCAGAGCUCGCCGCAGCUUGUCGUCUCAAUCAUGGAUUCCGCGUACGAUCACAUCCAGGAAGAGGCCUACCCGCAAGACCCAACCCCGCCCAAAGACGCCGCCGCGCCCGCAACCAACAACUUUCAAAGCGAGGUACAAGAUGCAUACAAGGCGAUAUCCAGCAGUCCGUGGGCGGCUCGUCUCGGUGGCUUCCUAGGUACGGUGAAGAAGCAGGGCGAGCAAUACUACGACGGCGCCAGCAAGCAAGCCACAGCGGGCAUCUCUACCAUCAUCAAGCACACGCGCAACAUCUCCGUCAACCCUGGCGAUGCCUCAUCCUCCACCACCGAAUCCGCACCCUCCACAUCCAAAGCUCCCGCUGACCCAGAUGCACACCCCGACCGCCCAGAGUCGCUCCCCGCCGACAUUGUCAAAGAGGCAGAGGGCAUGCUGAGCCGCUUCCGCGCCGAAGCCGCCAAGCGCCUCAAGGACAUCGAGAAAGCCGAAGACGCCGCCGACGAAGCGCUCCUCAAGUUCGGCACAAACAUACGCUCGUUCCUGCGCGACGCCGUAACCAUUGCGCCUCCUACCGAAGACGCAGCAGGGAACCCAGGCGCAGUGCUCUUCGAGUCAAAGGACAGCUCCGGCAAGAAAGUAGUGCAUGCCACGCGCUUCGACGCCCAGCUGCACGUCAUCCACUCCUCGCUAGACUCCUUCCUCAAAGACCCCGUGAGUCCCGAGUGGGCAGGCUGGCGGGCGGACUUCGACGUCGAGAAGAAGACGGACGAGAUUGCGCGCGAUCUGGAGAAGCAUGCGGAGCUGCGGACCGCAAUGGAGAAGCUCGUGCCCGAGAAGGUCGAGUACGCCGCGUUCUGGGAGCGGUACUACUUCCUGCGGCACGUGAUUGAGAGCGAGGAGCAGCGCCGACGCGAGAUGCUCAAGGGCGCAUCCGCACCCGCCGACGAAGAGGAAGUAGCCUGGGACGAAGACUCCGACGACGACAACGCCGGCGAGACCUCCACGUCCACCCCGCAGGCCGCAAAGUCCGCGACGAACCUUGCUGCGUCCCAGGGCACGCUCAAACCCGCUGCAGAAGACAUGCUCAAGCCUGCGCAACCGCGGCGCUCCAACGACGAAAAGAGCGUGGCCGACAGCGACGCGAGCUAUGACCUCGUCAGCGGAGCGACGAGCCGGGCGCCGGGCAGCCCGCAGGAGAAGAAGAAGGCGGUGGCUGAAGAGAGCGAUGAGGAGGACUGGGAGUAGUGUGGUUCUGCUACUGGUGGUCUGGCGAUUGGCCGGUGCGCGGGUAUCAGAUCGGGCGUUCUGGAGGCCUACGGGCUGGGCUUGGUUUCGUGGGAGUUUAGGGAGCAAUAUAUCAAGUUUGCCUUGCC